AUGUAUUUUCCAAAUACAACAUGGACAUGGGCAUUCAUGAUUGCCGCAACUCUGCAAGCUGCAGCGGUUUUAGCAAUUGAGUCAUAUGUAUUCGCGAAAUUCCAAACGAGUCUGGUCCAAGGGAAACCAGACAAAGCUCUCGAUCGAACCAUUCCAACCUACCUCACCCUAUUUAUCUUUGGUUUCCUUUAUCAAGUUGUCCUGGUAUACGAUUCGUUACGGCUCAAGAAUACAAUUCAGGUCAUCGGUCUUUGCAUUUAUAAUGGUGGAAUGCUGAUAUACGCCUCCAUUCAAUACGAUCAAAUACAAACAGCAAUUGAAAAAUUGAGUUUAAAUGGUCAUUUGGAUGCGCAUGCUAACGUCUGGCCGGAUGUGCAAGGACUUUUAGUCUCAGUUCCAUGUAUAAUCGCUUUCUUUACCAUCUUGAUGUCAUUCAUAGCUUGGAAACUUUACGACGAAUUUGCCUGGACGAUUUACAAACACAUCAGCGCUGAUUUGCGAAUGAAACGCAGAUUUCUGACCUACCAAAUUUAUAUUGCCUUGUUGAAAUUUGAUUUCUUCUUCUUCUUGGGAUUCACGGUACAAUUUCUUGUUAUCGUAACUGGUGUUCAGGACUUCGAAUUCGGUUUAACAAUAGCCGCCAUUCCCGUCACCAUCUUCAUUCUAUUCAUGGCCGCCUUUUGGACUCGUCGUGAAAAUAAACCAGGAAUGCUCUCGGCAAUCUUCAUCUUCCACUGUGGUCUGGCCUACUUUAUCUUCAAACUUGCCAGAAUGUACCAACCGGCCAAGGCUGCAGACUAUUUGGCGGUUCGUAAAAAUUUGACCAGUUUUGCCGUCAUCACAAUCACUUUGAUCAUCCUGACAAUCGUCAACGCCUCGAUGUGUACGGCAAAUUUCAACAAAGGUCUCAAGCCACACUUGAGGAAACGAAAGAUUGGUGGUGAAGAGGAGAAAAUAGAUCAUAUGACCGAGUUACCAGAUCUCAGUCCGUCCCAAAAACAAUCAAAUCGCAUGACGAUAGACUAA